CGAAAGAUAUUGCCCAGAAAUAUAAUAUAUAUGAACAUGUUGCCGCACUAUUAGAGUCAGAGAAUAGUUGGUUCGAUACUCCCAAAAAACAACAAAAUCCAAAAACCAAGACUGAACGUGCAGCUGUAACUCACUCAGAAACACCGGAAACUCAGACGAACGGUUCCACCGAGACUCGUUCAAUUCCAUCUAGCCGUCAUACCAAUAAUAAUUUGCCUAAUGGAAAUAUCAAAGCUGAAGUUGAAACCAAGACUCGAAGAACUUCUGCAAGAUUGGCGCAGGCUCGCUCUCAAGCCAAGCCAGAAUCUUCAAAGCGUCUUAGAGAGGAUGAAAGUGAGCACGAAAAUAUCAAAGAAGUUGUGCAGAAUUUGAAACGCAAAUUAGAAACAGAGGAAUACUUGAGUUAUAGUGGAAGUAACAAGAGACGCGCAGUUUUUGCAGGUAUCGGAGCAGCCGUUGGUGCCGGUGUCGCAGCGUUUGCCUUGAACAGUAUGGGCAUCGGUGUGUCUGAAAUAGCGAAUGGUAUUAGUGACCUGACGAACAAGCUCUGGUAUUGA